AUGGUAAAAUUCGAGAAUAUCUUUGUAACAGUUGGAACGACACAUUUUAAUUCAUUAAUCGAAAAUAUGAUUAGUGUCGAUACCUUAAAUGUUUUGAAAAAAUUAGGUUGUCAAAGGCUGGUUCUUCAAUUGGGCAACGGAGUGCUUUUGGAUGUGGAGAGAAUUAAAGAGAAUUACGGUAUAGAUAUCGAACAGUACAAUUUUAAGAUUGAAGGCAUAGAUGAGGACAUCAAGAACUCGGAUUUAAUUAUCGGUCACGCUGGUGCAGGCACUUGUAUCGAGCUAAUGAAUGCACAAAAACCGGGCAUUGUUGUAAUUAAUGGAGAAUUAAUGGACAAUCAUCAAAGCGAAUUGGCCAAUCAAUUAGACAAGUUAGGAUAUUUGAAAUGCUGCACUGUGGAAAACCUAAACUACACUUUACGAAUAUUGGACGAUGCAAUUUUCAAGCCUUACAAAAGUGGGGAAAACGCGUACAAAUUUAUAAGAUAUGUGGAUAAAUUGGUGAAAAAAUAAAACAUUCUUAUCAACGCUGGUAACCACUAUUCCGGAGUAGUUUAUCAAGCAAUGAUCCGCAAAGGCGAUGAUCGAUGGCAGCCUCAAAACAUUUUUUACUUAUUUUUUUAAAGCAGUAGGCUGUUAUUUAAAAAUUUGUAGUUUCAGUUUGUUUACCUAAACAAAUCGCAAUUCCACAUAAUUCAUAUAUUCAAAUAACAGCAAACGUUAUGUAUAAGAAUUAAUAUUGAGAUAUUGUUUGAAUUGAAAUCGAUCCCAAGAAUUAGAUGAAAAAAAAAAACGCUGGGGUAGAUUCACGUAAAUUAAAGUUUAUCCGCUUAAGUAAAUACUGUUCCAAAUUUUCAUCACAGUUGUUUUGGUGUCACGUAGUAUAUUUGGAUAUCUUUACAUACAUAUACAUAUAUAUAUUUAUAAGCAA